AUGCUGCCCACAGAAUCUCUCGGAUGGAUUGGCUUUCAAGCAUUGAAAGUUCGCUUGGCAGGCCGCCUCGUGGUACUUGCGAAGCGUGAAGCUGAUGAGGAUCGGCCUACCAAAUACCAGAACGACGUCGAUCUCUUGGACUGGGACCUUCGAGACAUCUUCAAGACGGCUACUUUAGAUAUUGAUCUCAUUUGUGAGGAUUUUCAGGAUUUAGAGGAGACAGCACAAGACCUGCUGUUAUCGCUUAAUGAUAUGGUUAAUGAGGAUAUAAUUUACUCUCCAAAGACGUCUGCUCACAAUGGCUCUCACGACAUUACGAAAAUAAAGAAUGCAUACCCGAAAUUGUCGGCACUGAUGCUUUAUCUCGAUGCAUCUGGUUACGGUCAAUUUAACUUGGUAGGUGGUCCAGGGCCAUCUCUAUUUAUACUACCCCGUGGCCAUAUUGGAGACCAAAUUGCAGGCCAGGUAUUGGCUUGGAAGAUGUUUCUACAACGAAUAGUAGCACGAUCGGAUGAAUCACAAAACUGGCUUGGAAUUGGAGCUUCGCAGUCCCCAAUGUGCGUAGGCUCGAUAAAGCCAGCAGAACAAAAGCUCAGCAUGGUUCAAAAUCCCGUAGGCGUUGUCAUGGACGCUAUUUUGAAAGAGUUUCAACAAACACACUGCGGUAUAACCCACGAAGUCAAGUCGAGGGUUUUGGAGGAGCUAUAUACUAGCCCAUCUCAGCCAAGGCUCGAAAUGUUAUUAUCUUGUUGCCAAUCUGAGCGUGACUGGCAAGAGGCUAUAUGCGAUUUAUUCAGGAAUUCUGUUAACUUGAAAGAGAAAAAUGACAUUUGCGUCGCCAUUCACAAAACUUGGAAACAGCGGACAAAACUUCGUUUUUUCGUGGAUCAGAGGGGGCUAUAUGAUGUCACGGACGAAGGACCGCCAGUAUCAACGUCUCUCCACGACCAUGAAGAGGAGGGACUCAAUUCACUGCUCGAUAAAAAUGCGUUUCGUCCUAUUAGCCCCGGGGCCUAUCUGAGAGGCAUGACCAUACGAAGAUUCGACUAUCGAGAAAAGACGGCCCUGGCUCUGUCCCUGGCUAGAUGCUUACUGGUAUUCUUCGAUAAGAACCUCGAGCGAGCUUUCUGUAACUGGUCAGCGGAAAACAUUUUUUUCAUGCACUCUUCUCGUCCUUAUGGAGAGCUUCCGCGCUGGCAUAUUUUGGUAGGGUCACAACCUCCCAGCUUCAACUAUCCCAACAUCCUUCAUAAAAUUGUUCCAGGCAAUCCAGUUUUGUUAUCAUUUGCCAAAUUAUUAUUGGAAAUUAUUAACGGCGAGAGGAUACCUCUUGAGAUUGAUUUGCAGAAUAUUAGCAAAAACAUUGGAAACUGGGCUCAGAUGUGUAGCUACGUGGAGGAGGCACGGCAAGAUGGAAACUAUUUCUACCUCCAAGCCGUGCAAGGGUGUUUAUAUCUUCAUAUACACUUGCAAAAAGGCGACGACUUGAAAAGUAUCAAUUCAUCUGGUGCUGCCAUGAGAGAAGUGAUAUAUGAGCAGAUCAUCCGAAAUCUUGAGAAAGCGCUAAAUCCUGAAGGACCUAAACGGAAACGGCGAGAAUCCUUUUCUGAGCGCCCUCAUUCGAAGAGACUGCAUUCAGAUGAGCUUUUGGAAGUAGCGGAUCGAAAAUUAGAAGGUCUGAGCGAACGUUGUACUAAAAGUGCUCUUGCUAUCUUACCAUUUCAGAGAGGGAUGGUUCCAUCUCGGGCGACCCACGAUACCGGCGUAAACCGCUUCUUUGGGCACGAUGGUGCAGAAAGACCAUCACAAAACUCUCUGCGUUCAAUGACUACAGCCAUCAACGCGGCGAGUACGGCUCCGCCAAGGCGUGAAUACUUCAAUGUAGCCGUUAUAUGCGCUAUUGUUACAGAGUACAACGCUGUUUGCCAAAUCUUUGACGAGUUUUGGGAUGAAGAAGGAGAUCAGUAUGGAAGAGCACAAGGAGAUCUCAACACUUAUACUACUGGCCGCAUCGGCAAGCACAAUGUUGUCUUGGCUCUUCUUCCACAUAUUGGAAAAUCUAAUGCUGCUGCCGCCGCCGCUAAUUUUAGAUCAAGCUAUACGAACGUGGAGUUGGCGCUCGUUGUAGGCGUCUGUGGAGGCGUACCUCGAGUUGGGGGCUAUGAAGAAGAUGAGAUUCUCCUAGGUGAUGUUGUCAUCAGCAGAGCUGUUGUCCAAUAUGACUUUGGCAGAAAGUAUGCCGAGAAGUUCAUCCGCAAAAACACUUUUGAAGAUAACUUGGGCAAAGCAACAAAGAAUAUCCAAAGUUUGCUUAAAAACUUUGAAACCGAUCGCGGUCUGAGCUUACUGCAGAACCAGACAGCCCAGUUUCUAAUACAGCUGCAAAAUAAGCGAUCAGGAAACAAAAAAAGGUUACUUAAUAAGUACCGAUAUCUCGGAACAGCCAAAGACAGAUUAUUUAGAUCAGAUUAUCGCCACAUGCAUCGCGGUUUUCAUGGCCACUGCUGUAGCAUUUGUGGUAGCGGCUCUGGUGUUGUAUGCGAAGAGGCUCUAAAUGCCACUUGCGAGGAUUUGGGAUGUGAAGGAAAUUAUGUCGUCGAGAGAGCGCGCCUUCAAGAGAAGCAUGAGCUUGAACUAAACAGUUCCGAGGAAGCUCAAGCACCAGCGAUCCAUCUCGGCGCCGUUGCUUCGGGCGAUACAGUCUUAAAAUCGGGAAGAGAUCGCGAUGAGAUCGCGCAAAAAGAAGGUGUUAUUGCCUUUGAGAUGGAGGCAGCGGGUAUUUGGGGAGAGAUUCCUUGUAUCAUCGUCAAGGGCGUCUGUGACUACGCGGAUUCUCACAAGAAUAAGCAGUGGCAAGAUUAUGCUGCUGCAACGGCAGCUGCUGCCGCGAAAGCCCUUUUAUAUAGGUAUCCCAGGACAGAGAAAAGCCAGACAUGGGUAGACUAA